AUGAGAAAUUCCACUGCAGUAACAUAUUUUAUUCUUCUUGGACUGACAAACGACCCACAGUGGCAGGUUGUACUUUUCGUGUUUCUUCUUGUUACCUACAUGCUAAGUGUGACUGGGAACCUGAUCAUUAUCAUCCUCACCCUUUCAGAUCCUCAUCUGCAGAAUCCCAUGUAUUUCUUCCUUCGGAACUUCUCCUUCCUAGAAAUUUCAUUCACUUCUGUCUGCAUCCCCAGAUUCCUUGUCACUAUUGUGACAGGAGACAGAACCAUUUCUUACAACGGUUGUGUGGCUCAGUUAUUUUUUUUCAUCUUCUUGGGAGUGACAGAAUUUUACCUCCUGGCUGCUAUGUCCUAUGAUCGCUACGUGGCCAUCUGCAAACCUCUUCAUUACACGACCAUCAUGAGCAGCAGAGUCUGCAUCCUUCUUGUCUUUAGCUCAUGGCUUGCGGGAUUCCUGAUCAUCUUUCCACCAAUCCUCCUUUUGCUGCAGUUGGAUUUUUGUGCCUCCAAUAUAAUCGAUCAUUUUAUCUGUGACUCUUCCCCAAUUCUGCAGCUUUCUUGCACAAACACUCACUUUCUAGAACUCAUGGCGUUCUUUUUAGCUGUGGUAACACUCAUGGUCACCUUAACAUUAGUUAUUCUCUCCUACACAAAUAUCAUCCGGACAAUUCUGAAAAUUCCUUCUACAAAUCAAAGGAAAAAAGCCUUUUCCACUUGUUCCUCCCACAUGAUAGUUGUCUCCCUCUCUUAUGGCAGCUGCAUCUUCAUGUACAUUAAGCCCUCUGCAAGGGAGAGGGUGACGUUAAGCAAAGGAGUAGCUGUGCUCAACACUUCAGUGGCUCCUCUCCUGAACCCCUUCAUAUAUACACUAAGAAAUCAGCAAGUAAAGCAGGCCUUCAAGAGCAUGGUCCAGAGGAUGGUAUUUUCUGCAAAUUAA